AUGAGCGCACUGACAGAGGAGGCAGUGGAGAAAUAUUUAGACUCCAACCCAACUUUUGCCAAAGAUUACUAUGACAAUAAAUUUCGACCUGGCAUUAUAUUUGAUCUUCUGAGCACUGACAACACCAAUGUGGACUUCAGUACAUACCAUGACCUAAGCAGCGUGGAUGAAAGUGAAAUAGUCUUCGAUCUGAUUAGAGGAUUCCAAGAAAACCUCAAUGUGGAAAGAUGUGUGUUCAAUGUACUCAAGAGGAUAUCGUUUAUUAUUCAAGCGGACCGUAUGAGUUUGUUCAUGUAUCGCAUGAGGAAUGGUACUGCGGAAUUGGCCACCAGACUCUUUAAUGUCUAUAAGGAUGCUACCAUGGAAGAAUGCUUGGUGCCACCAGACUGUGAAAUUGUUUUUCCUUUGGAUACUGGUGUACUGGGACAUGUGGCGCAGACUAAAAAAUUAGUUAAUGUUUCAAAUGUGACAGAGGACACCCACUUUUGCAAUUUCGUAGAUAACCUUACAGAAUAUGCAACGAAGUCCAUAUUGGCUGCCCCUGUAAUGAAUGGAAAAGAUGUAGUGGCUGUAAUAAUGGCUGUUAACAAAAAUGAUGGUUCCAAUUUUACUAGGAAGGAUGAAGAGAUUUUCCUUAAGUACCUCAACUUUGCCAACUUGAUACUCAAGGUGUAUCAUCUAUCAUACCUUCACAACUGUGAAACUAGAAGGGGCCAGAUACUGUUGUGGUCAGCCAACAAGGUUUUUGAAGAGCUUACUGACAUUGAGAGACAGUUUCACAAAGCCCUUUAUACAGUCCGAGCCUUCCUUAACUGUGAUAGAUACUCCGUGGGACUUCUUGACAUGACAAAGACAAAGGAAUUUUUUGAUCAAUGGCCAGUGCUUAUGGGUGAAGUGCCGCCAUAUUCAGGACCAAGGACACCGGAUGGGAGAGAAAUAUCAUUUUAUAAAGUGAUCGACUACAUAUUGCAUGGAAAAGAAGAAAUUAAAGUUAUUCCGAACCCACCUGCAGAUCAUUGGGCCUUGGCUAGUAAACUUCCUACAUACGUUGCAGAAAAUGGUCUUAUUUGCAAUAUUAUGAACACAUCUGCUGAUGAUUAUUUUGAGUUUCAGAAAGGUCCACUUGACGAUUCUGGGUGGACUAUUAAAAAUGUCCUUUCAUUGCCAAUUGUCAACAAAAAGGAAGAAAUUGUUGGGGUUGCCACUUUUUACAACAGAAAGGAUGGAAAACCAUUUGAUGAAAUGGAUGAAGUAUUAACUGAAUCAUUGACACAGUUCCUUGGCUGGUCUGUCCUGAAUACUGACACUUAUGACAAGAUGAACAAGCUUGAGAACAGGAAAGAUAUCUAUCAAGACAUGGUUAAUUAUCAUGUGAAGUGCUCCAAUGAGGAAUUACAGAUAAUACUGAAAACCCAAGAAAUUUUAAAUCUGCCACCUGAUGAAUGUGAAGAAGAUGAACUGUAUGAAAUAUUGCAAGUAGAACUGCCUGAUCCAGAGAAAGCUGAGAUUUAUGAGUUCCACUUCAGUGAUUUGCCUCAAACAGAGCUGUUCUUAGUAAAAUGUGCAAUUCAGAUGUACUACGAGUUAGAAGUGGUUGACAAAUUCCAUAUACCUCAAGAGGUUUUAGUGCGGUUCAUAUUCUCAGUAAGCAAAGGAUACAGAAAAAUUACCUAUCACAACUGGCGGCAUGGAUUCAACGUGGGACAAACCAUGUUCACUCUCCUUAUGACAGGAAACUUAAAACGUUAUUAUACAGAUCUGGAGGCCAUGGCAAUGGUGACUGCUGCAUUCUGCCAUGAUAUUGACCACCGAGGUACUAAUAACCUGUACCAGUUGAAAUCAGGACAUGCACUAGCAAAGCUCCACGGUUCAUCUAUCCUAGAAAGGCAUCAUUUAGAAUUCAGCAAAACACUACUUAAAGAUGAGACAAUAAACAUCUACCAAAACCUCAACAGGAGACAAUAUGAUCAUGCCAUCCAUAUGAUGGAUAUUGCAAUUAUCGCGACAGACCUGGCUUUGUAUUUCAAGAAGAGGGCUAUGUUCCAGAAGAUAGUAGAUGAGUCUAAAACAUAUGAAAGUGAGCAAGUUUGGACAGAGUAUAUGAUGCUGGAACAGACCCGCAAAGAAAUUGUCAUGGCAAUGAUGAUGACUGCAUGUGACCUAUCAGCCAUUGCAAAACCCUGGGAGAUCCAGAGCAAGGUUGCAUUAUUGGUUGCCGCUGAGUUUUGGGAACAAGGUGACCUGGAAAGAACUGUACUGCAACAAAACCCUAUUCCAAUGAUGGACAGGAACAAAGCAGAUGAGCUGCCAAAGCUGCAGUGUGGUUUUAUUGAUUUUGUAUGCACCUUUGUAUAUAAGGAGUUUUCAAGAUUCCAUCCUGAGAUACAACCAAUGUAUGACAGGAUUCUCAACAACAAAAAGGAAUGGAAGGCAUUGGCUGAUGAAUAUGAUGCAAAAAUGAAAGCUCUAGAAGAGGAGAAGCAGAAGAAAGAAGGCAACCAGCCUGCAAAGCAAGGCCCUGCAGUGACCGGGAAAGAAAAUGGAGGAAACAUCCCAGUAGCUGACCAAGCACCUCAGUCAAAAAGCUGUUCUAUCUUAUGA